AAACAAAGAAAACAUGCAGGAUAGCAGCCCUURAGGACAUGAGUUUGACACUCCUGCUUUACAGCUUACCAAAAAUGCAUAAUUUCUGUUUACAAUAAUUUUACAAUUGUAUAUGUGAUUGCAUGAAAGACAAUUAGAUUUGCAGCUAUAGCCAAGUCAAGCUAUAAUGCAAACUAGAAUUAGGAAGUUUUUUUUUUUUUUUUUCACUGAAUACACUGUUUGUCUGACUCUUUCCUCAUUGGUUUCUUCCUGACACCACACGUCACCAGUACAGUGUAUAUAUAGUCUCACCUGCCUGCAGAACUUUGUCACUUGAGGCACAACCCACUGAAGACAGCCAAGAUGAAAGUCAAGGACAUGACAUUCAAGGAGGGACAGGAGUUCAAGAUCCGCAUCAAGCCCGAUCACGACUGCAGCAGAUUUGCUAUCAACAUUGGCCAUGAUCCCGAGAACAUCGCGUUGCACUUCAACCCUCGCUUUGACUCCAACACCAUCGUCUGCAACCACUCGUCUGGGGGGUCCUGGGGUGAUGAGCAACAUGAGGGAUUCUUGCCUUUUUCCCGUGGGGAAGAAUGCAAGUUUUACAUCAACUUCAACAUGGAAAUGUUUUACAUCAAACUUCCUGAUGGCAGCAUGAUGAACUUCCCCAACCGCCUGGGAGAUGUCAAGUACAAGUUCUUUGAUGUCAGUGGCGAUGCAAGAAUCGUGGGAAUCAAGAUCAAAUAAAGGCAAUAACAGAAAGCCUUUUGCUUGUUGCUGAAUUAGUUGUUUUUACUGAGCCCAGAUGUGAUUGUUCAUGUUUGUCAUGUCAGUGUCAAAUACAUCAGUGUGCUGGUUGUAAUGUGCUGUAAUAUCCUUAGGAUGGAGCCAAAACACAUUUUACCUCCCUGCCUUGCUUUUCAGUAACUGGGUGUAUCAAUAAAAUCUGAAAAAAUAAAA